UGCAUUUCUGUGCCGUCAAGUGUACCGUUCUGUACCGGACAUGUUGUUACUAUGUGUCAAAGGGGAAUAGCGGAACACAUGAAAUACUAGUGGUUGUAAACACCAUUAGCUAACUAAAACAUGAUGGCUUCGAACGAUGAUCAGGAAAGUCUAGACGGUACGCAGUGUCCAAUUUGCUUCGAAUCUUUUCGAGAUCCAAAAGGACUUGAAUGUUUGCACACAUUUUGCGAAUCAUGUAUUCAUGAAUACAUCAUUAAACUAAAAGAAGAGCGAAACAUUCUUGAUGGUAUAGAAUGUCCUCUUUGUAGGCACAUUACAAUUGUAAAGGAUUCAGGCCAGCCACCGGAAACCUGGGCUAAAUCAUUACGUCCGAAUUAUGCGUUGGUAUCCAUUUUAGAAACAAUGAAAUCGGCACCGGAGAGGCAGCAAACAAAAGAAGUGUAUAAAUGCUUUCCUUGUUCAGCUCAAGAUCUUGAUAUCCCUGCGUCUGUUUACUGCAACACAUGUAAAGAACACCAGUGCGAUGACUGUCAGAAAUGCCACGAUCGAUUUUCAUACAUGAAAGGCCACGAAAUAAUCAAUGUAGAGCCUGGAAUCAAACAAACAGGUCUGAAGAAGUUGAGAAAAAUUUGCCAGUGCGAUAUACAUGCAAAAGACCUAGAAUUCUUGUGUAAAGAUGAAAAUGUUCUAUGUUGCGGAACGUGUGCUAUUGUCAAACAUCGAAAAUGCGACAGUGUAAUUGAAAUAAGCGAGAUGGCCUCUUCAGAUGAAUUGCGGCAUUUAGAUGUACAGAAAGAGGUUUCCGAUGUAAGAAAUCAAGUCUUAUCAGUUUCAAAGUUCCUCACAAAUUCAGAGGAUCUCAUGACAUCUCAGAUAAAAGCAUUGCCGGAUUUGCUGAAGGAAACCAAGGACAAGUUCGUCAUGAAAUUUGAUGAAUUUUCAGCUAAAAUACUGAAUGAUGCAGAAAAGAUCAAACAACAGAAAUCCGCCGCGAUAUCUGCAGAGAAGCAAAAAUGUAAAGAGAUCGGAGCCAAACUUAAUGAGGUUCUGGAAACCGUUGUUAUUUCACAAUACGCAACACCAUUUCAGGCAUACAUCUUGCACCAUCGGCUAAACAGCGUCUUAAAGGAAAUAGAUGAUAAAAAAUCAGAUGUUUUUAAAAAUCUCAAAGAGGAAAGUGUCAAGUUGGAGUUUGUCCGAAAACUCGUGUCGCUGGUGGAUUUCAAAUCUCACUUCGGGUCAGUUCAUGUAGAUUCAAAGUUUAAACAUCCCGAUACCGUUCCUGAUUAUAGGGUUGUUUCCCUGUCUGCAGAGAAUAAUCAUGGCGGAGACGGAAGUGUUUCACUUAUAUCAGGAAUAGAUUUCAUUGGAAAUGGUAAAUUCCUUGUUGUUAAUAACAAGUUAAAGUCAGUCGAUUUAAGGAAUGACAAAUUAGAAGUGGUAGCUAAAUACCAAUUCGAUUUUAAUCCGCGAGAUGUACUUGCACUGAGUGAAGACGAAUUUGCAAUCACCCGCUCAUUUGGCAUUGAGAUUUUUAGCAUAAUAUGUUCAAAUAGCUCCAUAAUGCACAAAAGUACGAUUUCAACAACAACCGAAAAUUACUCUCUAUCACGCCUAGAUGAUGAUCAUUUUGUGGUUGGUGUUUUUAACAAUACAAAGCCAGCAAUAAUUGUUUCUCGAAGUGGGACAGAAGAACAUAUUAACCUUGAUUUUCCAUUAAAACAGUACGAUAUUAAAACAUCGCAGUGUUUAGUUUUAAACACAGAAGACGGGUCAACUCUUUUCCUUGCGAUGAAUGACGAAAAUGCGAUAUAUGUCUAUGACUUGGCCAAAAAUACUUGUACUAAAGUGACCCAUCCAUCUGUGAUCAAGCCGUGCCACAUGUGUGUCGGUUUGACGGACACAAUUUUUGUGAGCUGUUAUGGGUCUCAUAAAAUUGCUCAAAUAUCACAACAGGGAAAAGUAUUGAGUGUGUUGGAUGCGCCUCGGUGUCCUAAAGCGCUUUCAUACUCUCGGCUGUCCAUGAAGAUGAUUCUUUCAGCCAGUGAUAAGCCACGCUCCUUGCAUAGUUUUAACGUGUGUUAGAGAUUAUAUAUCUGAGUUAACUUGUAAAAUUCUGUGUUUUGUGGAUCAGUUUCUUUAAAAUGCUAUUGAUUUGAGGAUACAGAUGCUACUACGAAGUAUUGGUUUUCCCGUGUUAUAAUAUAUAUUCCGGUUUCCGUUUGUUUUAUGCAUAGAUAUUGUAGCACAUAGUUGUUGUGGAUAUGUAAAAACAAUUCUCGAAGCGGCUUGAAUAUGUUAUUUUAUAUACAUGUACAGGUGUAAGAAAGACAUUUUUCUGGACUAGGUAGUUGUCUUCGGUACUAAAGUCUUUGGUUCUAGUAAAACUACAUUUGAUACAAUUAAAAUUUCUACAAAACACUUAGUACCAGAAUAAUAAAUUUAAUGAAGAGAUAUCUUUGUUAACAACUUGUGAGGAUUAUUUUUGACAGUGUUCUGCCCAUGCCGUAUUUUAGAAAUGAAUGAAUCAUGUGUUUCAAAAUUGCAUCUUAUAUGCUCAUCUGAUUAUUUCCAUACAAUUAUAAAGAACUGUUAUGUCAAAUUUUACCUUUCAUCUGUUGUAAACAACUCAUAAAUAUUUCAAAGAAAACAGAUAUGCAUUCUUUCCUUCGUUAAUAUUUCAUCUUAGGUGAGAAUUAUGUGGUAUUUUUAUGAGUAAAAUUAAUAAGCCAGUAUUAGAUGUUUUCAGAAGGUUCCGGACGCUUUUACACAAACUUGUAACCCUUCGUUAAUAUUUAUGAUUGCUGAAACUGAUUCGCAAAAACAGUGCAAACUGUGUGGUUUUGGAAACAGUUAUAAAUGAUAUACAUUUAAAGUGUUUUUCCCGUAAACUAGGAAUACAUAUUUAAAAUUCAAAGUGAUUUUGUUAGGACGUAUGGUUAUUGCUCCAGUUAAGGCAUUUUUAAAAAUUAUUGAUAUUGACAAUAUCAGUAUUUGCUUGAUACCAGCUUUGAAUUGCUUUAUUAUGUAAUACAUGCUUGCAAAUAAAACAAAUAGAAUGGUUAUUGCUCCAGUUAAGGCAUUUUUAAAGAUUAUUGAUAUUGACAAUAUCAGUAUUUGCUUGACACCAGCUUUGAAUUGCUUUAUUAUGUAAUACAUGCUUGCAAAUAAAACAAAUAGAAUCUGUAC